AUGUCAUAUAUUAUCGUUUCACCAGCACUUAUACAGGCGUACCAUGCACAGGUGGAUUUACCAAUCAUACAUUGGAAUGUGUUGGUCAAUCCACCAAUGGGUUUCCUUCGACCGGGACAGAAAAAACAAAUUGUUAUUGAACGUCGGGCAGGUAAACCUGGUAAAACUUUUUUAUUGGUUGAAUAUAUCGCAGCACCAAGUGGUUACGAUCCUCGGAUGCCAUUUGUUGAGGGUGCCGAAGUUGGCCGAGUCAAAAUUCGAGUUAGAGCGUAUAAAGAUGAGAAAAUAGCUGAUACUGUACUACAUUUACAAGGUCAAACAGUUACUAAGCAUGGACAGAAAUUUCGCUCACCGGCAGUGAUUGAUGAUGAAAAGAUUGAACGUGAAAUUGAAGCAUUAUGUGCAAAGAACAAUAUGCCACAGCCAAUGUUUGAAUUUGAUGACCAUUUAACAGAUAUUGAUGAAACUGAUGCUGAAGAAAAGAAAACAGAUGAUGAUAAAUUAAGACAAUUGCAUGCAAAGAUUCAUUCACCAAGAAAACGAUCACCUUCCGAACCAAAGAAAAAAGCAGCAAUAACGAAAAAUAUUGAUGAUGGUGCCACUAGUACCAGUGGUGGUGGUAGUGGUAUUAGUGUUGGUGAUAAAAGAGGACUUAGUGAUAGCAGUAGUGGUAGAGAGUUAAUUGAAAGAAUCAAAGGACAAGUAGAAAAAUUUUCUGCGGAAUUUGAAACAAUCAAAUUUCUUAUCAUUGAACAGCAAAGAAAAGUUGAUGAAAAGUUGGAAAAAGCAAUAUCUGAUUUGCCAUAUAUAAAAUUUACGCUUAUUUUACUAAUUGCCUUAUUUCUCGUCCGUAUAUCACUUAUUUGA